UUUAAUUUGAUCAACUUUUACAUUUUUUUAGGAGGCCAUCUUGCUUUGGGUGAGAGAGGGUAGGUGUGGUACAGUCAACCUGGCCAAUCGCUGUAUUUUUAUUUGUUAAAUAAAAAUAGGAACGAGUUCACAUAAUUGUAAAAAUCAGUACUUCUACUUUGAAGUCUUUAAAACACGCAUCUGUAGCUCCAACAUCAUGUCGUGGCCGGUAGGCAUUUCUUUAUUUUUUCCCGUAGUUUUAUGUGAUCUCCCGCCUUGAGGCGCAUACCGUGGGACGGUGCAUCCACCCAGGCUGCCCCACCGCGUCGUCACAAGGUCCAACCGCCUUCGCCGGCCCCCUCCCUCCCCUCCCAGUCCAAGUUCACCUCCCCUUUCCUCACUAGCCCACUCCUGACUCUUCACCUCACUCCGUCCCGCGGCCACUUCCACUCGAGUGGAUUCAUGCUCGGCCCUCGCCCGCCAUGCAGAACAACCACGCCAAGGAGCACCUCUACAAGAUCCUGGUCAUAGGAGACCUGGGCGUGGGCAAGACCAGCAUCAUCAAGCGCUAUGUGCACCACAACUUCAGCCCAAACUACAGAGCCACAAUCGGGGUGGACUUUGCCCUCAAAGUGCUCAACUUGGACCAGGAGACUGUGCGCCUCCAGCUGUGGGACAUCGCAGGUCAAGAGAGAUUUGGCAACAUGACCCGCGUGUACUACCGCGAGGCAAUGGGCGCCUUCAUAGUGUUCGAUGUGACAAGGCCCGCCUCCUUUGAGGCAGUCACCAAAUGGAAGGAGGACUUGGAUUCUAAAGUGACACUAGCCAAUGGGAAGCAUGUGGCCACGGUGCUCCUGGCUAACAAAUGUGACCAGGGACGCGAUGUACUCACCAAUAAUGGAAUAAAGAUGGAGCAGUUCUGCCAGGAGAAUGGCUUUGUGGGAUGUUUUGAGACAUCGGCUAAGGAAAACAUCAACAUUGACGAGGCAGCUAACUGCUUGGUGAAACACAUAAUUUCCAGUGAGAACGACAUGCUCCAAUCGGAGGUCCAGGAUACCAUCACCCCCCAGUUAGAUACGGACAAAGGCGGGACAUGCUCCUCCUGCUUCAGAUCGCAGUAAUGGCUCCAGGCGCGUGGGCGACCUCGUGUACAUUACUCCACACAAAGUUGGUGUGUUUGCAGAGAGCUUGUUGAUGCUUCCCCCUCCCCGAUAGCUCGUUUUGGCUGCAGGUGGGCUAGAGCUGCAGGAAUGGACGGAUGCAAAGAAAGAUGGUGAAAGAACAAUAGACCAGGCUGCGUGUGCCUGUCAAAGACAAUGUCACUCAUGUCUUUUGCACUCCCGCUUCUGUAACCAUGGAGACGCAGUUACUCAAUGAACACAUGCACAGAGCGAGUGCAGCAAAUGAGAGAAUAUCUUUGCUAAAGGUUCAGGUCUUCAAUCCGUGUUGGGUGUCACUUCUUUUGACCUUUCCAUCGCAGUCUCUCACCCACUCUUUGGUUUUCUUUACUCGAUUGUUUUGUCUCUUUAUCUUUUCCGUCCCCUUUCUACUGACUGCAAAUAGAGAAUGUUCAAUAUUUCCUUUGCGAUGAUCCAAAGCAGCUCUGCUCCAAAUUCAACAAAACUACAGUGGAUAAGUAAUAUAUUAUGUCAUAUUUUGAAAAGAGGCUCCAGUCUGCAACUGCUGGCCUUUCUUACCAAAUCAACAAUCACACGUGUGUAAUUACAGCGGCCUUUUUAAAAAUCGAGUUUUACCAAAUAUUUUAUUUAUAAAUGCAAUUAGAGGAAUAUGAAAACAUUCAUAAUAUUUUUAUACUCAGGAUAGAUUUUAACAUACUGUAUAUUCAAAAUUUAAUAACAAUGCCUUGUGUUUUUCAAGAAUGUGAAAUAUAACCAAGAUAAACAUAUUUUAUUUUGAUCUGCUGAUCUACAGUAUAUAUAUAUAUAUUAUAUAUUAUAUAUAUUUAUAUAUAUAUAUAAUAUUGCCAAUGUCCAUAAUUUGUAACAUUUCUAAUUAUGUGAUGAAUGAUUA